CACGGAACAGGGGCUCUUUCCGGGUCCUUGCACGCGUCUCUUUAAUCCAGCCGGACCGUGCUGGGACUGAGAGGACGGUCUGCGCAGGGACGGCAAUGGAUAGGAGCACCAGGCAGGGUAGGAGAAGACGCGGGCGAGGCCACCAGCAGAGCCCUGCCCUCAGGCAGUGUGAUUCUAGUGAGAGGUCCAGCACACGGUCAUCACAGAGUACCCAACAUUCUGGCCACCAUGAUGCUGAAUCGUUGUCAACCUCGUCCAGCAGAGCUGGAGAGUCUUCCGUACCGGAUCUUCCAGGCUUUUACUUCGACCCUGAAAAGAACCGCUACUUCCGUUUGCUCCCCGGUCAUAACAACUGCAACCCCCUCACAAAGGAGAGCAUCCGGCACAAGGAGAUGGAGAGCCGAAGGCUGCAGCUGCUGCAGCAGGAAGACAAGCAGAAAAAGAAAAUUACCAGAAUGGGAUUUAAUGCAUCUUCCAUCCUACGAAAAAACCAGCUGGGUUUUCUCAACUUCACCAGUUAUUGCCGUUUAUCCCACGAGCUUCGGGUGAGCUGCAUGGAGAGGAAGAAGGUAGAGAUUCAGAGCUCAGAUCCAUCUGCUCUAGCAAGUGACCGCUUUAACUUCAUCCUGGCAGAUACUAGCAGUGACCGCCUCUUCACAGUGAAUGACGUCAAAAUCGGAGGCUCCAAAUAUGGCAUCAUCAACCUGCAGGGUCUGAAGGCUCCCACGUUCAAGGUGCACAUGCAUGAAAACCUGUACUUCACCAACAGGAAGGUGAACUCCGUGUGCUGGGCCUCACUCAGUCACUUGGAUUCCCACAUUCUGCUGUGCCUCAUGGGCCUUGCGGAGACGCCGGGCUGCGCCACCCUCCUCCCAGCCUCACUGUUUGUCAGUAAUCACCAAGGUACAGAUCAGCCUGGCAUGCUCUGCAGUUUCCGGAUCCCUGGUGCCUGGUCCUGUGCCUGGUCCUUGAAUGUCCAGGCAAAUAACUGCUUCAGUACAGGUUUGUCUCGGAAGGUCCUGUUGACCAAUGUGGUGACUGGACAGCGACAGUCGUAUGGAACCAACAGUGACGUCUUGGCCCAGCAGUUUGCAGUCAAGACUCCUUUGCUGUUUAAUGGCUGUCGUUCUGGGGAGAUCUUUGCCAUUGACCUGCGUUCUCCAAGUCAAGCCAAGGGGUGGAAGGCCACCCACGUUUUCCAUGACUCAGCAGUAACCUCUGUGCGGAUUCUCAAGGAGGAGCAGUAUGUGCUGGCAUCAGACAUGGCUGGGAAGAUCAAGCUGUGGGACCUGAGGGCCACUAAGUGUGUGACACAGUAUGAAGGUCACGUGAAUGAGUACGCCUACCUGCCCCUGCAUAUGCAUGAGGAAGAGGGGAUCCUGGUGGCAGUGGGCCAAGACUGCUACACAAGAAUCUGGAGCCUCCACGAUGCCCAGCUGCUCAGAACCAUCCCUUCGCCAUACCCGACCUCCAAGGCCAACAUUCCCAGUGUGGCCUUCUCUCCUCGGCUUGGGGGCCCCCAGGGAGCCCCAGGGCUGCUCAUGGCUGUCCAGCAGGACCUUUACUGUUUCUCCUACAGCUCAUUCUGUCCAGGCAAUCUGGAGGAGGGCAGGUAGGAGUGGCUGGCACAUUCUGUCUACCUCUAAUGAGGACAUUUUAAGUGGUGCUUGAUGAGUUCAGAUGGAGUCCUUCAGCUUCGGAGGUCACAAUGCAAAGUGGCUGACGUGGGCGGCUGGAGAGAUGACUCGGUGGUUAAGCUUUGGCUGCUCUUCUGGAGGACCCAGACUCGACUCCCAUCACCCAUAUGGCAGCUCACAACCAUCUCAAACUACAGUUUCUCAAACUACAGCCCUCUUCCGGCCUCUUUGAUACCAGGCAUAUAUGUGGCACAGAUAGAACAUGCAGGCAAAACACUCACAAAUAAAAAGUGAAUUUUUUUCAAAGUUUAUGUGAAAUAACGAGUAAAAGCGCAGUUAAAUUGUGGGCUCAGAGCAUGAAAGGCCUCCUACUGAGUUCCAUCGCCAUUUCCCUCCAUUAUUGUCAGAGCAGACUGGAAUGAAGAACGGCUGCUCUCAAGAGGAACUGUGCGGUGGUGAGACCGCCUGAGUUGGCGCCGCAGUCCCAGGAAGCGCACCGUGUGCCCUCAAGAAAGGCAGAUAGGAUGCAGGCCAUGGCUUUGUGUCUGAGGAUUCAGGGCCAGGUCUGACGCCAUUAUACACAAGCAGCCUUCUCCAACAAUAGCAAUAGGUCCCAGAUUCCUCAGUUACCUCACACAGCUAUUGGGAGGGAAGAUGGAUCUUUGCCAGUGGCAAGGUCAAAAGAAUUUGGCUUUGCCUUUUCAUAAUCUUGGAGCUGAGUUCUUGAAAUAUUUAUAGUGUUAAGAAGCCUGCUAAGCAAUAAAGCAAACAGCGUGUG